AUGAGCAGCACACUAUUAAAGAGGACUGUGGUACCCACUUCUCGCUGGCUAACGUCGUAGCUCAGGUUACGGUUCGACACAAACAGCUCAAACAUCGAAGCACCCUCUUACGGCUAUGGCGACUACGGCACUCGCGACAUCGACUACUGGCGACUCAAGCGGGAACAGCAUCAAUUGGGGAUUUCCUGCGGCAGUGGCGGCGGCGGCAGCAGCAGCGUUGGCGGCUGUGACAGCGAAGGAAUCGGCGGAGGAGCCACAGGUGGGGCUGAAUGCAGCCAUGACGCAAUCAAAAGUGUCUGAUGGUGAAAUGGCUCUCGCUCAGCUGAAAGGACUUCGUCGUAAGCUCCAGGAAGCAGUCGAUGGCGAGCUCUUCUUUGACGCCGUCGAAGAGAUGGGCGUCGAAGAAUGGAUGGCAUUCCCACGGCCUCCCGAACUAUUGUUUCUCAGCGGCAAUGAGCCGGAGGAGAUCCAGAUGGACGUGCAGUGCGAACAGCAAAAAUACUACCUCACGCCGGAGGUGCCGGAGCCGGAAAUCUCGUCGGGGGCACCCACCAGCCCUACCGUAUCAGUAUACUCGUCAUCCGGCGACUCCAGCGGCGACAAUAUAACGGCUGCCACCGGAUCAAGCGGCAUACGCAGCAUCCGAAGUAAGCUCUCGAGUAUUCACGUUCGCCGCGCUGCGGUUGCGAGUUCGAUCUCCUCCACCUCCGGGGAUUCAGCAUCUUUGGCGUCUACGAAUAUAACGAGCGGGGGGACCGUGGUGCGGAAACAGCGAACGUUUGACCAUUCAGGCGCGACCACAGAAGACCUGGCUUACUCGGCCUACUUCAGUCUAUUGCCCAAAAGUGCGCGGCCGGAGAUACUGAAGCCCGUGAGUCCUCGUGGGGAGGCUAUCAAGAACUACCUCAAGAGUCGGAAAGAACAAAGUGAAUGCGUCUCAUGUCUCGAAGAUCACCGUGUGAAGACUCUGACAACUCUUCCAUGCCAACACAAAUACUGCAGUACAUGUCUUCGAACGUUGAUCACAACCGCCCUGAACGACGAAGCCCUCUUCCCCCCGAAAUGCUGUCUGAACGAGAUCCCGGCGGCAACCAUCAACUCGGUCCUGACGCGCGCCGAGCGGUCCCUCUACAAGAAUAAAGCCCCCGAGUACGAAGUGCCGUGGGAGCAGCGGCACUUCUGCCCCCGGCCCAGCUGUGGCGCAUGGAUCCCGCCGGCGCUGAUCGAAUCGAUCGGCACGGCGUACGUAUUUCGCUGCAAAAAAUGCCACCACAGACUGUGUCGCUACUGCAAGGGCCCCAUGCACCCGGCUGGCACAGAGUGUCCGGAGGACGCGGGAUUGGUCGCGGUGAUGGAUGUGGCGCAGAGAUGCGGUUGGAGGAGAUGCUACAAGUGCCAUGCGAUGGUUGAGCUCUCUAGCGGGUGUAGACACAUGCGCUGCCGCUGCAAAGCCGAGUUCUGCUACAUCUGCGGGGCACGCUGGCGCACGUGCGAGUGCACCGGCACCGAACCCGUGUACACGCGACCAGUGGUUACGAUGGACCCAGCGGCGGUGGAGGAGCGACGGUUGAUUCUUUCGGCAAUUGAGGCGGCCGACUCGGCCGACGCUGCGGAGCUGCGCCCAAUACAUGGAAUAGAGGAGCCCGAGGUAGACAGCUCGGAUGAGGCUGAGCGGCGACGGGUUGAAGCGGCACAGGAACGUUUUAUCCCCCAGGCUGAUGCACAGGUUCGCGGGCUACGAGUCACAGCAGAAAUGCAUGAGGCGAGGCGAGCGAACAAACGGACUUCGGAGAUAGCGCAGGUGAGGAAAGAGCGUGAGGCGGCCAAGAGACGGAAGGAGAUCGAUGCGGCGUUGCAGGAAACCAAAGAGAGAUACGACGGGCUCAUUGGGGCGGUGAAGGUUCUGUGCGCCGAGCAACGCGCCAAGAUCGAGGAUCGACACCAGGACCUCAAAGAUAGCCUCACGACGCGGUGGAAAGUGGAAAUGGACAAUAUGAUCAGUUUUCUGGAUAUCAAGAUUCUAGAGAUGGAGGGGGCACUGGCAGCGAGUAUCGAGACCAUGCAGACCCGCCACGAAGAAGAGACAUCGUCUAUGCAGGAUCGCCACGAAAAGGAAGAAGACGACUAUUGGUUUUCGCUGCAGCGAUAUCUCAAGGGAAAGCCCGAUCGAGCGGAACGAGAGCAAGUUCUGGUAGACCGGUUUAGGGCCGCCAAUGUGCUGGAGCUGGAGGAGCUGCUCUCAAGGCAUAGCCAAGAAGCAAACGCUGCGCGAAGAAGGCUUGCGGCGGACGCUGUGGAAACACUGAGGCAGGCUGAACGGAGGAAGGCGGAGUUGGAAAGGGAUGUCGGCAAGAGUCAGCGGAUGCGGGUAGCAAAGAUCUGGGUGGCUGAGAUGAAUUGGGUAGCUCUAGCGGAGAAGGAGAGAACGAGUCUACUGGCAGCUCGAAUGGGCGAGGAGCAGGAUGCGGUUAGGGUGAGGAUGGCAGCUUCGUAACGUACCACGGGGCAGUGCCUCAAUUCCGUGUAAAUAUCAAGUAUGUAAAUAUUAUUGGAAGCGAAACAUCGGGUGCCAAUGGCCGCUUUCAGUGCAACCCAG